UCCAUUAGAAAAUUCAGCACAAACGAGUCCUGGUUUGAUGUCUUUUCCGCUUUAACUGAAAAUGUCGCAAUUGACCCUGAAAUAGAUGAACAUUUUGAGAAAAUUGCGUUCUCAGUUACUGAUAGGAGUAUGGGAACUUUAUAGAACUGGUAAACAACUCAGGAUGACUGAGAUUGCCCAGGAACAUUAAUACAAACAUCACAAGGCUUGAGAGGGGACCCCAGGCCCUGGUACUGGACUCUAAUGAGCGUCUCGCUUGUGGCCCUCUUCCCAUGAUUGUUGUCCCUCCCGCCCACUACUGUGAAAUACUCAACCCAACAGCAAAGUACGUUCAUGGUGAAGCAUGUGAGCUAAAGAUUGGCCAGAUUGCUGUCAGAUUUCAUGGGGAGCCAUUCUGCCUGUACCCUGGGGAAGAGCUAGUGGGGGCAGAGGAAUACGGGCGGGGCAGCACUGUGUACAAAUCUGCCAUCAAGCCCCAGCCUGUUGUCAGAGCGGGCCAGGCGAUUAGGGUGGAAGCUGUGUAUGAUCACACGGACGAGGAUGAUGAAGAACGACUGGCCUGUGAGCAAUGGCAGAUUCCUGGACCUUGUCUCUUCUACCCUACACCUAACAUGAAAAUGGUAGACAUUAUUGACCCAAUCAUCAUCAAGACCGGCAUGGCUGUCAAGGUCCGGGCCCAACAGGGCUUCACUGAUGAUGAGGGAAGGGAGCGUGUGACAGGGGAGGAAUGGUACCUGAACACACCUGGAGCCCAUUUACCGCAUGUGUACGAGGAGGUCGUAUCAUUUGAAGAGCGACAAACACUGACUGAAAACACAGGUCUCAUUCUGCGGGCCACACAGACUCUUAUUGAUGCAAAUGGGGUGAAAAGGUUGGCGGGCGAGGAAUGGCUGUUGACGGGAGAACACACGGAGGAAUAUUACCCACAGAUUGGAGUGGAGGUUGUAUCCAGUCAGUCACGGCUUGUGCUGGGCCAGGGUCAGUACUGCGUGGUGUUGGACCCUGUAGACAACAAGGGAAAACCCCAGCUGGCCCGGCGGCAACUCCGGGUGGGAUGUGCGUCAUUUUUCCUCAACCCAGGAGAGCGAUUAGAGAAAGGUAUUCAACAGAGCGAUGUGCUGUCUGAGACGGAAGCCAUUGUUCUGCAGGCCGAAGAAGAAUUUAAAGACAUGUGCAAUGGAAAGAAGGUGUUACGUAGAAGUGGUGAACGCUGGAUGAUUAUGGGUCCCCUGGAAUAUAUUCCUCCUAUAGAGGUCAAGGUCAUUGAUAGGAGAAAGCAGAUUCCUCUCAGUAAAAAUGAGGGCAUCUACGUGCAGGACACACAGUCCGGAAAAGUUCGUGCCGUAAUGGGCCCCCAGUCGUACAUGUUGAAGGCCUAUGAGCAGCUCUGGGCGAAGGAACUCUCUCCUGAUGUGGAGGAAAUGCUCAAGCGUGGUGGGGGCAUAGGGUCGGAGGAUAUCAGGAAAAUAGCCUACUUUGAACAGUCUGUGGACCCCCAGUUUCUGAAGGGUAGGGACAAGACACGGGUGGUUCAAUACCGUUGCCCGGGCAACACGGCAGUCCAGGUUAACAACUACCUAGAUAAGACAGCCCGUGUUGUGUUUGGUCCAGACCUCGUCAUCCUGGGCCCGCAUGACAACUUCACUGUCCUCAGUCUUAGUGCUGGCAAGCCGAAGAAGUCAAAUGCGUUGAAGUCGCUGUGUUUGAUGCUUGGACCAGACUUCAUCACGGACCAUGUAGAGGUUGAAACAUCUGACCAUGCAAGGCUCAAGUUAACGAUUGGAUUCAACAACCAUUUUGAGUACACAAAGAGUGACUUGGAGAGUGAAUCCAAAGUGUUUGCUGUGCCGGACUUCAUUGGUUUUGCCUGCAGACAAAUAGCUAGUAAGAUAAGAGCCGCGGUGGCGUUGAUCCCGUUUGAUGAGUUUCAUCGACACUCUGCCCAGGUGAUACAGCAUGCUGUGUUCCAGGACUCUGUCACGGGCGAGACACUCCAACAACUUAAGUUUGCUGCCAAUAACCUGGUGAUCACCUCAAUUGACAUCCAGAGUAUUGAGCCCGUGGAUAAAAAGAUGAGCGAAAGUCUCUCAAAAUCUGUACAGCUGGCCAUCGAGAUUGCCACCAGUUCCUUAGAAGCAGCUGCACAGCAUGAGGCCAAGAGGAUCGAGCAGAUUGCCAAGGGUGAACUGGAGCGGCAGAAGCUUGAAAGUGAGAAGCAGUUUGAGGCAGAGAGGUGCAAGCUGCUGGAGCUGCGGGCAGUGACAGCGGCAGUCGAGUCAACUGGUCAGGCAACAGCAGAGGCCCAAGCACAGGCAGAACGACUCCUCAUAGAGUGUGAAAGUGAGAUAGAAGCUGCCAGACUUAAGGCUAGAGCUCAGGAAAUCGAACAUUACGCUCAGCUUGAAACUCAGGAUAUGGCGAGGUCAAGUGAAAUCUCGUUUGUGCGGAGCCAGACUCACCUGGAGCUUGAGAAAGAGCGUGCCAAUGCCGACAUUGAGGUGAAGAAGUUUGCCGACAUGGUCUCUGCCAUCGGAGCCAAAACACUCGCUGCCAUAGCAACUGCCGGGCCUGAUAUGCAGGUUCGUAUGUUGACGAGCCUCGGGAUGGAGUCAACACUGAUCACCGACGGCAACACCCCAAUCAACCUGUUCCUCACUGCACAGGGGCUUGUGAAGAAUGUCCAGAACUCUUCACAGUGAUCAUAGACAUUGUCAUGACAACAGCAUCACCAUAGUGUCAGCGUUGUGUAUAAAUGAGUUAACGCAUUGUUCAGACUGUGAGUGAUACUUAAGGUUUCUUCUUUGUUUCAUUUCAAAUGUUUCCUUGACCUUGCUGGAAAAUUAGUCAAUGAAAUGUUUGCAAGGUCAACACUACACAUUUCAAAAUAGCUACCAUAAUAUUAUGGCAACUAGUUCUUUUUUGUUGUAGUUUAUAAUUUGUUUUUGAUAGACUUUUGAUAAUUACUACAAAAUAUUUUUUAUUUAAUGUUUAUGACCUCAUUUUUACUUUCAAACCAUUUUUGUGAUAUUCUUUAUACUCACAUAUAUUAUAUUAUACAUUUACUUAUUUAACUUUAUAUAACAAUUUAUUUUCAUAUACAUGCAUGUUUUCAAUAAUUUCAUGUGAUGGCUGUUUGUAUUUUCAAUUAUUUUUCUGUACAUACAUGUAGUUUUGUAACCAAUCUUUUAUUAUGUAAACAUGUUCACCAUUUCAAGUAAGUGCACUGGAUGAAAACAUUUCAUAUCAAAUGACAUUUGUGCAGUUAACAAUGACCAUAUAUUUGCAUGGUGUAUUCGAAAAUGUUUUCUCUAAACGAAAAUCUCUCGAACGUCAUGAAUUCAUUUUGUGCAAUAAAACUGGUAUAUACAUCAACGUGAAAUUACUUUUUAACCAAUGUCAUACAUGUGAUGUGAAACUAGCAUUCCUAGUUUGUAUCUUAAGACACGAGAUCUGUGUUCUAUAAUUUGUAGAGAUGUAGUAAAAUCGGUACAUGAGUACUCAGAUAAUCUUCUGAUCAAGUACUCAGAAAAACUUUAAUUGGAUCGAACUGACAUGUUCAUUUACCGUGUAUGUUGGUCAUUGUAAUAUUGGCAAUUUCCAUCUUUGUUUUUCAUCCUAAAUAAGUGUCAACUAAUGUUAUAUCAGAUAUUAAUUAGUGUUUCCCCUUUAUUGUUAGUAUUAAAUAAGAACCCCCAAUGUCUGUGAUAGAGGAAAAAUGACUUACCGGGUAUAUUGUAUUUGUAUAUAACCAAAAGUGCUGGUUUAUAAUUGUGCUUAAUGAAUGCAAACAAGUUGAAUAUAGAAUUAAUGCUUUUGACAUUUGGUUUAUGAACUUGCCAGCAUAAACUACUUCUAAGCUGUGUGAAUGAAGAAAAAUAAAACCUGAAACUGCAUGUACAAACUGAAGCUCAUCCAACAAAUACCAUUUGAUGCUAUGAUUAACAUCUUGGUUUGAGUCAAAUAUGAGAGAUUUUGAAGUGUGGGCCAAAAUCUAGCGCUAUUUGCAGGGUAAGAAAGCCUGGCCUUAAUUGACUGUAAUUCUUCUACUAAGGUAUCCGCUAAUACGGGAAUUUUGAAUGCCUGGUGAUCCUCGUUUGAAAAGCUUUCAUGUAUAAGAGUAUAAGAAUAUACAACAAUUAUGCCUAAAAUAAUAUGUCAAACAAGCUCUCUUGGUAAGGGAGGAUUGCAAAUUGACUCAUUUCAUUUUAAAAAGCAAGUAUACAAACUUAAAUUCAUUUAUAAUGUAUUUUCGAUCAUUUCAUUACUGGUAACAUAUUAGUACCCAGCAAGUAAUACCUUUUCAUACAAUACCAAAAAUAUAUGGGAUCACCAGGCGGAUAUUUUUAUGUUAUAACGGUUUAUUUAAAUGUACAAUAUCGCCUAAUUUGAGGGUUAGAUACCUUAAUCUGCUGAUUGUUGUAAAAUCUACAUUAUCUAAUCAUGAUACAAUGUUCAUACAUAUCACAAUUGUUUAUAGAACAAGUCAAUAUGUCUCUUUAUUUUAGAAUUGUUUAUUUGUACAUUCUUAAUUGAAUAAAGAUUUAACAGUU